AUGCAGUAUUACGACCAAAUGGAAUAUUACGAUCAAAUGCUAUAUUACGACCAAAUGGAAUAUUACGAUCAAAUGGAAUAUUACGAUCAAUUACAGCGUUGCGAUCAAUUGCAGUAUUACGAUCAAACGAAAUAUUACGACCAAAUGCUAUAUUACGAUCAAAUGGAAUAUUACGAUCAAAUGCUAUAUUACGAUCAAAUGGAAUAUUACGAUCAAAUGCUAUAUUACGACCAAAUGGAAUACUACGAUCAAAUGGAAUAUUACGAUCAAAUGCAUCAUUGCGAUCAAUUGCAGUAUUACGAUCAAAUGCAAUAUUACGACCAAAUGGAAUAUUACGAUCAAAUGCUAUAUUACGACCAAAUGGAAUAUUACGGAAUAUUACGAUCAAAUGGAAUAUUACGAUCAAAUGCUAUAUUACGACCAAAUGGAAUAUUACGAUCAAAUGCUAUAUUACGACCAAAUGGAAUAUUACGAUCAAAUGCUAUAUUACGAUCAAAUGGAAUAUUACGAUCAAAUGCUAUAUUACGACCAAAUGGAAUAUUACGAUCAAAUGCUAUAUUACGACCAAAUGGAAUAUUACGAUCAAAUGCUAUAUUACGACAAAUGGAAUAUUACGAUCAAAUGCUAUAUUACGACCAAAUGGAAUACUACGAUCAAAUGCUAUAUUACGACCAAAUGGAAUACUACGAUCAAAUGGAAUAUUACGAUCAAAUGCUAUAUUACGACCAAAUGGAAUACUACGAUCAAAUGGAAUAUUACGAUCAAAUGCUAUAUUACGACCAAAUGGAAUAUUACGAUCAAAUGCUAUAUUACGACCAAAUGGAAUAUUACGAUCAAAUGGAAUAUUACGAUCAAAUGCUAUAUUACGAUCAAAUGGAAUAUUACGAUCAAAUGCUAUAUUACGACCAAAUGGAAUAUUACGAUCAAAUGCUAUAUUACGACCAAAUGGAAUACUACGAUCGACCAAAUGGAAUAUUACGAUCAAAUGCUAUAUUACGACCAAAUGGAAUACUACGACCAAAUGGAAUAUUACGAUCAAAUGCUAUAUUACGACCAAAUGGAAUAUUACGAUCAAAUGCUAUAUUACGACCAAAUGGAAUACUACGACCAAAUGGAAUAUUACGAUCAAAUGCAGUGUUGCGAUCAAAGCUUGCAGUGGCCAUAACUUCUGGCUGCUUUCCACAUUUAUAG